CAUUAGAAACAUUCGUGCUUAGGUCUCAUAGCUAUCUGAGAAACAUUAGAAAUUUUGUCUGACGCUUGACAUGAAUUGCUUAAAAUAUGGUUUUUUGCAUCACACUCGCUCCAUUAAAUCUGGAAUAACCUUGACAACAGUCUGCUCGAACCAUCUCGUUGAUCUCUACUCAAGAAAUGGACUAUUGCAGGAAGCUCGUAAGGUGUUCGACGAAAUGCCUGAGAGAAACGUUUACUCAUGGAAUGCUAUGAUCUCGGCCUACGUAAAGUCCAACGAUUUGAAAGAAGCGAAUAAACUGUUCAGAACUGUUAAUUCUGAACGAGAUUUGGUAACCUGUAACACUUUGCUUUCAGGGUUUGCCAAAACUGAUGGGUGUGAGAGUGAAGCCAUUGAGAUGUUCGGUGAGAUGCAAAGGAAAGAAGAGGACGGGGUUUGGAUUGACGAUUUCACUCUCACUACAAUGCUCAAACUCUCUGCGAAGCUAACCAACGCGUUUUAUGGUGAGCAGUUGCAUGGCGUUAUGGUGAAAACAGGGAAUGAUGCAAGCAAGUUUGCCGUGAGCUCUCUCGUUCACAUGUACUCGAAGUGUGGGAAGUUUAAGGAAGUUUGUAAUGUAUUUAACGGAUCGUGUGUUCAGGUUAUUGAUGGUGUGGCUAAGAACGCGAUGCUUGCUGCUUAUUGUAGAGAGGGUGACGUUGAAAGAGCUUUGAGUAUAUUCUUGAGAAAUCCAGAACUGAACGGUACAGUUUCUUGGAAUACAUUGGUUUGGGGAUAUGUGCAGAAUGGAUUUGAGGAAGAAGCUUUGAAGAUGGCUGUUAGAAUGGAGGAAAGUGCGUUGAAAUGGGAUGAACACACUACCGCGGCUGUACUAAAUGUUGUGAGUAGUUUAAAGAGCUUGAAGAUUGGGAAGGAAGUGCAUGGUCGGGUGGUGAAGAACGGAUCAUAUUCUAAUAAGUUUAUAAGCAGUGGGAUUGUUGAUGUUUACUGUAAGUGUGGAGACAUGAAGUAUGCAGAGUCUGUCCAUUUGUUAUAUGGUAUUGGCGACUUGUAUUCAACUUCUUCGAUGAUUGUGGGUUACUCGUCUCAGGGCAAGAUGGUGGAAGCGAGGAGGUUGUUUGACUCUUUGUCCGAGAAGAAUCUAGUGUUGUGGAAUGCAAUGUUCUUGGGGUAUCUCAAAGUAUGUCAACCUGAUUCCGUCCUUGAACUUGCACGUGAGUUUAUAGCCAAGGACAAAGUUACUGAUUCUUCGGUCAUGGUUAGCAUCCUUGGUGCAUGCUCUUUACAAGCUUCAAUCGAACCGGGGAAGGAGAUUCACUGUCACAGCUUAAGAUCAGGGACCUUAAUGGAUAAGAAACUUGUGACUGCUUUUGUUGACAUGUAUUCAAAAUGCGGGAACGUUGAGUAUGCUGCAAAGGUCUUUGAUAGUAGCUUCGAGAGAGAUACAGUUAUGUACAACGCUAUGUUAUCUGGUUAUGCUCAUCAUGGCCAUGACGCAAAAGCUUUCAAGCUCUUUGAAGAGAUGACCGAGGCUGGACUCAAGCCGGAUGAAAUCACUUUUAUAUCCCUCCUAUCAGCUUGUCGUCACAGUGGCUUAGUUCUAGAAGGUGAGAAGUACUUCAAGUCGAUGACAGAGGUUUACAGUAUAUCCCCCGAGGUUGGUCACUAUACCUGCAUCAUAGAUUUGUAUGGAAAGACCAGUAGACUAGACAAAGCCAUAGAACUAAUGAGAGGUAUUGAUCAAGUUGAAGAAGAUGCUGUUAUUCUUGGAGCGUUUUUAAAUGCGUGUAACUUGAAUAAGAAUACAGAGCUUGUGAAGGAAGUGGAAGAGAAACUGUUGGAGAUUGAUGGAUGUAACGGGUCUCGGUAUAUUCACCUUGCUAACUCUCAUGCCUCGUCUGGUAGAUGGGAUGAGAUGAGACAGAUACGGAAUCGUAUGAGAGGGAAGGAGCUGGGAAAGUUUUAUGGGUGCAGCUGGGCGUAUAUUGAUAAUCAACUUCAUAUGUUUAGGUCCUCUGAUAUUUCGCAUUUCAGAACUGAAGCUAUAUAUUCUAUGCUACAUUUUGUGACUAAGGAUUCGACUGAAAUGAUUGCUUAAGAAAGAGAUAGCUUUCUCAGUGUUCUCAUCAGCAGUGAUUGUUGGUCAUCUGUUUUGAGUGUCGCUCUUUUGAAGCUGUUGCAUCAGCCAGAAGAUUCAGAAACAAGAAACCUAAGCUUUUCUUACCCAAAGUGGUUGUAUAAAACUUCCUCCAUUUUUGGAAUCAUGGAAGGGCAUGUUAAGUCUUAACUUAGCUCAACCAUACAAUAAAUCAAGCAACACCAAUACAAUGGAGUUAAGACAACAACUGAAACAACAUCACACACCAACACAGAACAACAACAGCAACAGAAACAGUACAAGAACAAUGGAUUCAUAAAAGAAAAUCAAAACACAGAGCGAAACCUUCGAAAAGGAAACCUGUCUUAGCACGUUGCACCAGAUAAUCCACACUUCUCCGGGAGUUUAGAAGCGAGGUCGAGGUCGAUCGAACUGAGAAAAGGAUUGGUUUUGGUUUUCUGCUUGCAGAGACACUGGAAGUCAGCCUUAGACAGGGCAGUGCAGCAAGGGCCCUUGGGAUCAAUCGCGGCGGUCACUGGGUUCUUACUCUGCACAUAGGGCUUGCAAGAGUACAGAUCAGCAACGCUCAUACCACAGAACUCUCCCGUUGCUGCCGUGAGUGUCAAGGCAAGAACCAAGG